AUGAUUUCGAAUCGACUAAUCGGGUUUCUGCUCCUAUUGCUUAUAUUUGUCACACACGUCGCUUCCCGUGGAGUAGAAGGUGACAGCAGUGAAGACAGCGUGACGGUUGCACAAAUCAAUGUGCAAGUUUCUCUUGGAGGCAAUAAUAGUACAUCAAAUGGUUUGAAGUCGAGAAAAAUGCUGGGAAUGAAAGGAGAAAAAGGAGACCGUGGGAAAGCAGGUCCGCCUGGAAGACCAGCACCAGACAACAAAUUCAGCUGCAACUGCUGUUCGCGUCUAGAAGAAAUCGAAGGAAAACUAUCAAAUCUGACUGAAGUGGUCAAUCAGUUACAGUCACAAAACAGAGACAAAGAAAGAAGUUACACAAGUUGUCAAGAGGCUAAACAGUUAGGCAAACUGCUUAGUGGCGUGUACACUUUGGACCUUGGAGAUGGAUUGGGCUCGUUUCAAGUGUACUGUGAUAUGUCGACAGACGGUGGUGGCUGGACAGUGUUUCAGAGACGCCAGGACGGUUCUGUCGAUUUCUACCGCGGAUGGUCUGCCUACAAAAACGGAUUUGGAGACUUGAACGGAGAAUUCUGGUUGGGAUUAGACAAAAUACACAGAAUGACAAAGCGGGCACAGACUCUUCGUGUAGAUCUAAUGGAUUUCAGUGUCCGUCGAGUACAUGCUGAAUACAGAGGGUUUCAGAUAAGUGACGAGUCGAGUAAAUACUCUCUGGCCUACACAUCAUACAGUGGAAACGCAGGCAAUGCAAUGGCUCAUCACAACGGGAUGGCCUUUACAACUAAAGACAACGACAAUGACCAGCUGAGUAUCAACUGCGCCACUACCUAUAAAGGACCAUGGUGGCACUACAAAUGUUUUGAUUGUAACUUGAAUACUCUCUACUUGAAAAAUGAAAAGGCUACUACUAAAUACGCUGGAAUCGUUUGGAAUACUUGGCAACACAACAUUCCUCUCAAAUUUACAGAAAUGAAAUUGCGUGUUAAUUCGUAAAUGACAUCUACUGCUACUUAAAAAGCGUUUACG